GGUGGGGAUAGGAGGCGUGGCCCUCGGGUGUCAGGAAGUCACGGAGCGCGGGAUUUUUCAAUCAGACUGAUGAACAGAUGAAUACGACGAAGAGCAUGGAGGCAAUUCUGGAAUUUUUUGUGCUGUGUGAUCCAAAGAAGCGGCCAGUCAGACUGAACCGGUUGCCUUCUGUACCAAAGGAUGCACUGUGUUAUUCUGCCCUGCUGCCAUCUCCUCUACCAUCCCAGCUGUUGAUCUUUGGCUUAGGUGACUGGUCAGGGUUAUCUGGAGGAAGCACAGUAGAAGUGAAAUUGGAAGGAAGUGGAACCAAAGAGCACAGACUGGGAACGCUGACUCCUGAGUCAAGAUGCUUCCUGUGGGAAUCUGACCAAAACCCCGACACCAGCAUAAUGUUACAAGAGGGAAAGCUGCAUAUCUGCAUGUCGGUUAAAGGGCAGGUCAAUAUUAAUUCUACUAACAGGAAAAAAGAGCAUGGAAAGCGCAAGAGAAUUAAAGAGGAAGAGGAAAAUGUUUGUCCAAAUAGUGGACAUGUAAAAGUGCCUGCUCAAAAACAGAAGAACAGUAGUCCUAAGAGUCCAGCACCAGCAAAGCAACUUGCUCAUUCUAAGGCCUUUUUAGCAGCACCAGCUGUGCCAACUGCACGCUGGGGUCAAGCGCUCUGUCCUGUCAACUCUGAGACAGUAAUCUUGAUUGGUGGACAGGGAACACGUAUGCAGUUCUGUAAGGAUUCCAUGUGGAAACUGAAUACAGAUAGGAGCACAUGGACUCCAGCUGAGGCAUUGGCAGAUGGCCUUUCACCAGAAGCUCGUACUGGGCACACAGCAACCUUCGAUCCUGAGAACAACCGUAUUUAUGUGUUUGGAGGUUCUAAGAACAGAAAAUGGUUCAAUGAUGUACAUAUUUUGGACAUUGAGGCCUGGCGAUGGAGGAGCGUGGAAGCACAGGGCAAAGUUCCCCCUCUCUCUUAUCAUACGUGCUCUCUGUUUCGAGGAGAGCUCUUUGUGUUUGGUGGGGUCUUUCCACGUCCUAAUCCUGAACCUGAUGGCUGCAGCAAUUUACUCUACAUUUUUGAUCCGCAACAUGAGAUUUGGUACCAGCCUAUUGUCCUAGGAAAGACCCCUUCGUCACGCUCAGGGCACUCUGCCUGUCUGUUAAACAGAGAGCUGUAUGUUUUUGGUGGAUGGGAUACUCCUGUUUGUUACAAUGACCUCUACGUACUGGAUCUGGGACUCAUGGAGUUCUCUCUUGUUGAGGUCACAGGAUCCUCACCCUCUCCUCGUUGCUGGCAUUCUGCUGCCCCUGUGUCAGAUUUCCAGUUCUUGAUUCACGGAGGUUAUGAUGGAAACCAGGCUCUGAGUGACACCUACCUAUUCAACACUGUCACAAAGACAUGGACUUGCCUGGAUCAUAGUUCCUUGCCCAAGUCCCCUCGGGCCGGACACUCCAUGCUAUCACUGCCAGCAGUAAAAGAAGAACAAAGUGAAGAGUGCAACCCUCGGGAACUGCUGAUCUUUGGGGGAGGAGACAAUGAAGGAAAUUUUUAUAGCGAUGCUGUUAGACUAGACCUGACAGAUCUUCUGCCAUAGAGAAUAUGGUGUCAGGGUAUACAUCCCUAAACGCUAUGCUUCUGUAUAUAAUAAUGUUUGUAUAUAACCGUAUUUUAUAUAUUGAAAUUAAUCUUUGAGUACGAAAUGUAGAUUUAGUUUACUACAUAAUGGUAUGGGUGAGAUUUCCAACUAUUAGAUUUUUAUUUCUAUAUUGUGUUGUCCUUUUUUUAUGUGUAACUCUUAAAUGUAUAUAAUAAAAAUUAAAAAGGAAACAAAUUGUAUAACGAAAAA